UGCCGCCCUGCCUCUUGAGCUGCUUCAAGUGAAUGUUACACACCUUCACCUUGAUUUGCAUAAUAUCAUUAGCCAAUACCAGUAUUGGCUAUGUCAAUAUUUACAUAUUUACAUUAGAAGCCUGGCUCUGGCACCAGUUUGGGAAAGAAAUUAUUUAAUCUGGCAUAUGCUUUGAGGAAAGAAAAGAGACUUUUCUUCUAGCCAAGAUGAAAGACAUGCAAGCCAGUCAGAAAACUUCAGUGGCCCUGCAGAGUGAAGUCCAUGAGCAGGAAGAUAAAAUGGAGAAUCAAGCACAAAGAGAAGACACACAUGAUGGUCGCCCAGUGACACAGCGAUCUUUAGUACAUUUUUUUCCGCAAACAGAUUCAGAUGCCACACUGCCUUUGUCACAGUCAUUAACCUAUGACACACCUCUCAGUUACUAUAUGUCUGGCCCUCAGUUUAGUGGAAUAACUGUAUCAACAACUGGGCAGAACACUCCUAAAACUACUAUAGAGGGCCAUUCCCAAUCAGCAAACAGCUUGGGAGUCAACAGCUUCAUAAUGACAAAGAAACAGCCUCUGUCAGUCCUUGCUCCUGAGACAGCUGUAACUGGGGAAGGAGAAGAUUAUUUCCUAUCUUUGUUUGGUGAUUCAAAGAAAUUUGCUGCAUGCUCAUUCCAGGCAGAGAACACCCGGAAGCACUUUUCCAUGAUUCUUGAAGAAGUGGGCCAAUCUAGAUCCAGUGCUCUUGGAGACAUUAAAAUAGCUGAAGUAAAUGUCAAGGGUUUAUUCGUGAAGCUCAUUAACUCUUCCCUUGACAAAGAACUGGAGAUUGGAGGUCAUAUUCUCCAGCAAAAUGUGAAUGGACAAACAGUCUCUUCGUACCGCUUCCUUCCAAAUAUCAUAAUGCAGGCCAAUCGCACAGUAACAGUAUGGGCAGCUGCAUCUGAAACAAAGCAUCAGCCACCAUCAGAUUUUCUUUGGAGAGAACAAAAAAUGUUUAAAACAAGCCCAGAUUGUACAACAAUUCUGUGUAAACCUAAUGGUGAAGCUGUCGCCUGGUACACUCCUAUUCACUGGAAACAAGUGUGGGAGAAAUUAGAGACUGACAUUGAAUUUGACAGAUGCUCAAUAGUAAGUCCAACGUCUCGAAGACACAUAUUUCAUUGGCCAACAGCUAUAUCUACAACUAAAGAAAAACAAGACAAGUCUAAUAAGGAUACCUCAAAAAAUCAGAUGGAACAAGUUAGAGUUUUUCUUAAAAGAGAAAAAGAAAACCCACCAACCCUUUUUCCUAAUAGCAGUCCUUGGUGCCACAGUCCCAAUGUCCCUGCACAUCCCUACUGUCCUCUGAUUGAACCUCACAAUACCAGCAUGGCUGGAAGCAGCUUAGAUAGACAGCCUAGGCCUCAGUCAUCUGGGUCUGAUCCAGCCCAGGGACCACGAAAAAUAAGACAUCUGAGUUACAAAAGCAAUAGGCAACGAACUUAAAGGACAAUAAUAUUCAAAUCUAGAGAAUACAAGGAUACCCAACAUGUCACAGCCAGCCUUUCACAAGGGAGAAGAAGCCAGCAGCAAGCAAGAAAAUGGUUUAUUUUAGAAAAGAUAAUUCCUCAGGACUUUACGGUAACCAUUUCUUAAAGAAGGAGAUAAAGUUUGUGAUCAAGUUAAACCAUUUGUUUUCUAGGCUGUAAAAAACAUUGGUCAAAAGCAAAAGCAUCCCAGUUUUCACUUUAUGCAUAUAAUGUUCCCCAAUAACUAAUUUCAGUCUUUUAUAACCUGCCCAGCUCUUAGGUCUACCAUUUCUGCCAUUUCUGCAGGUGUAUUUUCUAAAAGCAUGUUUCAGAAAUUCUGAAUCUGUGGUCUGAUUCUUUACACUUGGAAUCUGUUCUGUAUCAUUAAAGCACAGAUUAAUUUAGCUUCCUAAUGACUGGAAGUAAUAGGUGAUGUUUCUAUGGAGUAACUAGUUGGGUGUUUUUAAACCCGCCUACACUUACCCCAAAUUCAUCAAAGAUAGUGUCUUUUAGGUGCAGUACUAAGUCCCAAAUCUCAUGUAUAUGAAAUAUCAAGAAUGUUUCAAUUAAAUAAUCUGAUGGAGCUACUUUUUUAUUUGACCAUUCUUACUCCUUAUUCUCU